CCGCAGACCGUUGGCCCUUCAGCUAGUGCCCUAGCAGAGCUUCCCUUUCCGCCCCUCCUCUCCCCUCCUCCCCGGCUCUGGUCCCAACACCCUAGCUCCGAGUCGGGGAGGGGGGGAAGAGUCCUCCAGCGCGACGCCCGGGGGCCUCCUUCUGGCCUAGAAGUCGGCCCGCCCCAGGGGCGUGAGGAGGGGGCGGGGCUGAGGACUUGGGGACUUCGGACUCCCGCCCCUAAACUGCCUUUGCCAGAGCCAAGCGGGCAGCCUAGUCUGGCCGGGAGCGAGCCAUGACCGCGCUGCGGGGCCUCUGGCCCGAGGUGCAGGACAACUGCACCUCGCUGGGGCUUAUGCUGUUGCUGGUAUUGUUCAUGGGGCUGGCCCGCGUGGUCACCCGGCAGCAGCUGCACAGGUUCACGAUGAUCCACACCUUCGUCUUGGAGUUUCUGGCCACCUUCCAGCUCUGCUGCUGCACCCAUGAGCUGCAACUGCUGAGCGAGCAGGAACCCGCGCACCCCACCUGGCCGCUGACGCUAGUGUACUUCUUUUCGUUGGUGCAUGGCCUUACCCUGGUGGGCACCUCUAGCAACCCGUGUGGCGUGAUGAUGCAGAUGUUGCUGGGGGGAAUGUCCUCCGAGACGGGUGCCCUUAGGCUGUUGGCUCAGCUGAUUGGUGCCCUGUGCAGCAGGUACUGCGUAAGCGUCCUGUGGAGCCUGGGGCUGAGCAAGUAUCACCUCGACGAGAGGAGCUUCGCUUGCAGGAAUCCCAUUCAAGUGGACUUGCCCAAAGCGAUCAUCACGGAGGCCAUCUGCUCCUUUAUUUUCCACAGCGCUUUGCUGCACUUCCAGGAGGUCCGAACGAAGCUUCGUAUCCACCUGCUGGCAGCAAUCAUCACCUUUUUGGUCUACACAGGAGGAAGUCUAACAGGAGCUGUAUUUAAUCCAGCUUUGGCACUUUCACUACAUUUGAAGUGUUUUGAUGAAGCAUUCCUUCGAUUUUUUAUAGUAUAUUGGCUCGCUCCUUCUUUAGGUAUAUUGUUGAUGAUUUUGAUGUUCAACUUUUUCCUUCCAUGGCUGUAUAACAACCAUACAAUUAAUAAAAACGAAUAACUAUUC